AUGAAUUUUUCGGCGUUUGGAGGACCAUUCUCGGGCAUCCAUCAGUUUGCGGCCAAGUUCGGCGGUAAUGAGGGUGCGUUUGCGACAGCCAAUGGCCCCGGAAACGGCUCGGCCGGAGGAAAUGGAGUCGGACUAGGCAAUGCGGCCUCCACCGGCUCUGGAGUUCCGACGAGUGGAAAUCUCGGCCAGCAGCAGGACCUGAACCGCUAUCACGGUGCCUCCAAUGGAAAUCAUUUCAAUCAGAACACUACCUCAAUGGUCAACGCGCCGAUGUCGUAUGGACAGAAUAUGUCUCAUCCCUAUGGUGGAAACCAGCAAACCGCCAACGAACAUGCGUUCACAAACGGCAACGCUGCGAUGGGCAACGAUCACCAGACAAAGCCCGCCAAAGGAGGAAACGCACUAAAAGUGGAUCGCGAUGACAUGAUAAACCAGCAGAUUCUUCAGAACGUCAAUCAGUCCUGGCAGACGCUCACGAACCCAACGAAUACGGUUGAUUACUCCUCGCAUUUGCUAUCGGCUACGCUGCCAAUUUCCAUUCAGCAUUUGCUGAAGUACUCAGAUGCGAUCAAAAAGGAGCCUAACAGCGGUUCCGUUGCAGGAUCGGGUUUGAAUUCACCAGGCCCGCUUAGUGGGCUUAUCGGUGUGGAAACGAACGCUUUUAAUGUACAGAAAGAUUUGCUGAGUUUGAAAAACGGUUCCAAUCUUAACCUGGCCCUGGGAAACGUGGCUGUUAGUGCAGCGGCCGCUAGUCUUGGGCUGAACCAUCAGCACUUGAUGCAACACCACAGUGACAACGGAUACGGCAGCCAGCAGGCUCAAGCGCAGCUUUCGAGCCUUGCAAAUGGUGUCAAUGGUCAAAGUGCAGCUAGCUCGGAUGCUCAUAAUUCCAGCAGUAGCACCGUGAAUGGAGGUGCUGCCAACGGAGAUGACGGAAAUGCCGGAUCUACGUCGGCAAUCGGAACCGGCAAAACGAAAACGAAAAAACAGAAAAAGCGUAAACCACCGAAAGAGAAGAAACCGCGCCCAAAACCUGGCCAGAUUCGGGAGACUAAGGCACUCGAUGGAUCUCCUCUGUUCUGUUGUCCCGAGUGUCAGAUGGCUUACCCAGAACGAGGCUUAAUCGAACAGCAUGUUAUUUCACAUGCUGUCGAACGCCGCUUCGUUUGCGACAUAUGUAAUGCCGCACUGAAACGCAAGGAUCACCUGACCCGCCACAAGCUGUCGCACAUUCCUGAUCGUCCACAUAUUUGUAGUAUUUGUCUCAAAUCGUUCAAACGCAAGGAGCAACUGACGCUCCACAUCGUUAUACAUACGGGUGAAAAGAAACAUAUUUGUGGAGAGUGCGGUAAAGGGUUUUAUCGUAAAGAUCAUCUUCGUAAACACACGCGUUCGCAUAUAGCGCGGCGUGUAAAAUCGGAAAUGUCCGCUUCAAACGGCACUGGAGCUAGUAAUGGAAGUGGUUCAGCUAGUGCAAACGCAGCCCAAAGUAACAGUGCACUCGCAGGAUCUUUGAUGGCCACCAACAUGCAGGGUGCACCAGUAACAGCCUCCUGA